AUGUCUGCGGAUACCAUUGCGCGUUGGAAUGCGAUACCUCUUGUCCGCCCCGACCGAGCCAGGCCAGAUGAAGGGGAAACCCCGGAUGAUGUCGAAAGCGAGGACAACGUAUCCCUCGUUUCGCGUUCUCCGUCCCCGGAAACCCACGCCCCAGAUGCUAUGGACCCAGCCAAGUACGAUGAAUACCUGGAAGGCCCAGUCCGGGAGUCUAUCACAGUGGAAACGAGAAUUUCGGAUAACAAUAUAGGCUUCCGUAUGCUUGCGAGCAUGGGCUGGGUUGAGGGGCAGCCUCUUGGCUUGUCUGGCGAUGGGCGUGUUGACCCUGUUCCUUUCUAUGUCAAGAAUGACCUUACAGGUUUGGGCAAAGUCAAUCAAGACGUUCGCAUGAUUGAAUCCACGGUUGCUCAGCGGCGUGAGCUCGAUUCAGAACGUCAGACGAAGGAAACUGAAGAGCAAAGAAGAGCACGCGAGGACACUGUUGCCAGACGCGAGGCGCUCAAGAGCGAGAUCUCUACCACACUUCGAGCGUUCUACUGCGAGUUAUGCGACAAGCAAUUCCAGAACGUCGCGCAGUAUGAUGAGCAUACGAAUUCCUAUGCACAUCAUCACAAAGCCCGCUUCCGCGAUAUGCAAGCGACACAACGUGCCAGCCGCAAUACCAAAGAGGAACUGGACAAGCGGAAGGAAAAAGAAAGGAAGAGAGAAGAAAAAGAGCUCAGGAAAAUCGCAAAGGCCGCUGGUGUGAAGAUGGCGAAACCUCCCAUCUCACUCGUUGCUCCGCCCGUGAGUACUGUCGGAGACAAUGAGCCGAAGCCGUCGGGCUUCAAGAAGUCGGGAUGGGCAUCUGUGGGUCAGUCGCUGCCCCCCUUCAGCGUGCCCCCAGCCUUCAGGACCGGUGGGUGGACAUCGCUUGACACGGGAAGCACCAUACAGUCCGUGCCAUCGACUUCAACACGUCCCGUGCCAUCGGCUAGCGCAGAAGGCCCACCCUCCUUAACCUCAUCCCCGCUCCCGCUCGCAUCAAGCUCAGGUGCUCCGAGCGGCUGGUCCGCUCACGCACUACCAUCACGUAACGGUUGGGCUAGCAUGUCGUCCACGUCAGGCGCGCAACAACCACUCUCAUUUCCGACAUCGACUGUAGCUGAAAUGAUGGCCACCCCUCAACGGCUACCACCGCCUCCUCCAACGAAGGCGCCACAGGAGACUUCGCGCUCUGGUUGGCAGCAAUUUCGGGCAGGAGCGCCUGGUCGCCGCCGCAAGUGA